UCUGAUGACUGUACGCUUUCCAGUUCCCAUAAUCCAUUGCGACUAGCAUGGACGAGGACUGACUGGUUCGCACUACAAGUCGCGGUUGAUAAAAAUGAACGUGGCUUUCCCUUGCAGCAGCUCCGUGUUCAAGUCGACGAAUUAAUAUUUUGCGUAUGAUGCAUUUGUAAGUGCGUUGUGAGGAGUCGAGAAGCCCUUCGUCAUCCUUCCGACUUUUCCCGUGACCUGCGACCAGAGCAAAGAUGGCAGCCAUAGUAGCCAAACGAGAGGGGCCGCAGUUCAUCAGCGAAGUUUCAGUGAGGGGCAAUGCCGCCGUGCUGGACUACUGCCGUACCUCCGUGUCGGCGCUGUCCGGGGCCACCGCCGGUAUCAUGGGCCUGACGGGACUGUAUGGCUUCAUUUUUUACUUUUUGUCCUCCUUCCUCCUAUCUCUGCUGCUCAUUCUCAAGGCCGGACGACGAUGGAACAAGUGUUUUAAAUCCAGGCGGCUGCUCUUCACUGGGGGCUUGGUUGGAGGUCUUUUCACUUACGUCCUCUUCUGGACUUUCCUCUAUGGAAUGGUGCAUGUGUACUAAAAUGACCCGCCUUCUCAAACUAAUUGCAUUUUGUUUGAGCUGUAGAUGAGCCAGAAAUAGAUUUUAAUGUUAUUCAAUUAUGACCUGCUGACACGACUAUUUUUUUUCUCUCCACACACUCAACAAUGCCUUUAAUUGACUCCAGGCCUCUCCUUAUUUAUGAGCCUGCCCAGGAUUAGGUUUUGGAUUGUAGUGUAACAGACUGUAGCACAUGACAUCCUAAACAAGGUGUAACUAUUUGAUGUUGCACUUUUCUGUACAGUACUGAAGUUCAAGACAAAAUGUGAUUAAUGAUU